AUGACUCCGUCUGCCUCCCCGAGCAUCCGUUUGCCUCUCCAUCCGUCUGCCUCUCCGUGCAUCCGUCUGCCUCUCCGUGCAUCCGUCUGCUUCUCCGUGCAUCCGUCUGCCUCUCCGUGCAUCCGUCUGCCUCUCCGUGCAUCAUCCGUCUGCCUCUCCGUGCAUCCGUCUGCCUCUCCGUGCAUCCGUCUGCCUCUCCGUGCAUCCGUCUGCCUCUCCGUGCAUCCGUCUGCCUCUCCGUGCAUCCGUCUGCAUCCGUCUGCCUCUCCGUGCAUCCGUCUGCCUCUCCGUACAUCCGUCUGCCUCUCCGUGCAUCCGUCUGCCUCUCCGUGCAUCCGUCUGCCUCUCCGUGCAUCCGUCUGCCUCUCCGUGCAUCCGUCUGCCUCUCCGUGCAUCCGUCUGCCUCUCCGUGCAUCCGUCUGCCUCUCCGUUCAUCCGUCUGCCUCUCCGUGCAUCCGUCUGCCUCUCCGUGCAUCCGUCUGCCUCUCCAUGCAUCCGUCUGCCUCUCCGUGCAUCCGUCUGCCUCUCCGUGCAUCCGUCUGCCUCUCCGUGCAUCCGUCUGCCUCUCCGUGCAUCCGUCUGCCUCUCCGUGCAUCCGUCUGCCUCUGUGCAUCCGACCACCCAUCUAUACAGUACUUUAGUCCGUCCGUCCUCACAUAA